CUCUCUCUACAUCGACUCGUAUAUAUAUAUAUACGUCGAUGUUGAGGCGUAGAAAGGGCUCUGAACCAAAGAAAGCUUCGAAUUGGGAGCCUGAGGAUGAGAAGAGAGAGGAAGAGGGGGAUGAGAAGUCAAAGAAGAGUAAAGUUGAGGUAGAGAGAGGGAGAAAAUUGAAGAAGAAAUGGAGUUGCUUGGAUAGUUGUUGUUGGUUCAUAGGGUUUAUAUGCUCUGUUUGGUGGUUUUUGCUGUUUUUGUACAAUGCGAUGCCUGCUUCGUUCCCUCAGUACGUGACGGAGGCGAUCACGGGGCCUUUGCCUGAUCCGCCGGGGCUGAAGUUGCUGAAAGAAGGUUUAACGGCCAAGCACCCUGUCGUCUUUGUCCCCGGCAUCGUCACCGGCGGCUUGGAGCUCUGGGAAGGCCACCAAUGUGCCGAAGGUUUGUUCAGGAAGAGGCUUUGGGGUGGCACAUUUGGGGAAGUCUAUAAAAGUGAUUAUGCAGGAAAUAAAUGGUAACAAAUGAUGAAGG